AUGAGAGUGAAAGAAUAUUUAAUUCAACAAUAUGACAGCCAACAUCCAUCACUUGUUAUUUCAAUUGCAGGCAGUGCUUUAGAACGUGGUUUGAAAUCUAAAUUAUUUCGAAUAUUUCAACAAAAUCUUCUAAAAGUAGCUCGAACUACAAAUACUUGGAUAAUAACUGAUGGUAUGAACACAAAUAUUACAAAAUUUAUUGGUGAAAUAGUUCGAACAAAUCCUAAUCCAUCUCGAUUAAUUCAUCUGAUUGGUAUUGUUAAUUGGCAGUCAUUAUCUGAUACUAAUCAAUUUAAUGUUCAUGGUGAUAAUGUUUAUUAUAAAAUAGCUAAGAAUAAUCAAAAAACUGAAUUAUUUCUUGAAUCAAAUCAUACUCAAUUUAUUUUUAUCGAUGAUGGACAACAACAUCAAAUUGGUAGUGAACUUCGAUUUCGUACUUGUUUCGAACGAGCUAUUUCAAUACCACCAUUUUCCCAUCAAAGCCCAUCCAAUAUUAUUAAUGAAAAGAAUUCAUCGCAAUUACAAUCAGUUUUAAUUCCUGUUGUUCUUCUUGUUGUAGAAGGCGAUCUUGGCACUGUCGAACAAGUUCAUGAAGCUGUUAUUCGAAAUAAUAUACCUGUUGUACUGUUAGAAGGUACAGGCAAAUGUUGUGAUUUAUUUGCUAAAGUUUACCAUUUAUACAAUGAAUAUCAUCAAGAUUCAAAAAAAACUCAUAAGAAAAAAAAUGAUGAUCAAGUUUUACAAUUAGGACAAGAUGAAUAUAUCAAAAAUAGGAUUCGACAAAAAGUUCAAAUUAUGCUCAAUGAUGUUAAUUCAAUAUCAUCAUCGAGUUUAAUAGAAGAAAAUCUAACAGUAACAACAAAAGAUUAUUUUGAAUUAAUCUAUGAAUGUAUUGUAACACAUAAAAUAUUUUUAAAUUUCGUUGAUUUCAAACGACGUAAUCAAGAUGAACCAGAUAUUGAUUUAGCUAUUUUACAAGCGAUUCUUAUUGUAACUUCGAGUGAUACUUCAUCGAAAAAUAUCGUUGAACAAAAACAAGAACAAUUACAUUUAGCAAUGGAAUGGAAUCGAGUUGAUAUUGUGAAAAAUUUUAUUAUGAAAAACGAACAAGAUUGGAAAACAAUUGAUUUGAAUGAUUUAUUCGAAAAAGCACUUAUUCAAAAUCGAAUUGAUUUUGUUCAAUUAUUUCUUGAUCAUGAUUUUCAAUUAGAAGAUUUUUUCAAAAAUACAAACAAACUUUUAAUGCUUUACAAAAACGAAAACCAUUCUUUAAAAGAUGAUUCAAUCGAUCCAUUACGAGCAAUUUAUACAGAAAUUAUUCAACCAUUAGUUGGCGAUUCUUUCGAUGUUAAUGCUGUUCUUUCUCCAGAUGAAAUAUCUCAUAAUGAACAAUUUUAUUCUGUUGACACAUCAUAUUCACAUUACAUCACACGGCAUUCUAAAAAACAUACUUAUGUUAAAUUAUCUAAUCGAAACAAUACAAGAUCGAAAGUUUUUCUAUCAUCCGGGAACACUCAUAUUGAUGUCAACAAGGAACUCUUCUUAUGGUCAGUAUUAACGGGUAAACAAGCAUUUGCUUUAUUAUUUUGGACACGUGGAAAGAAUAAAAUAUGUGCUGCUCUCAUUGCAACAUUGCUUUACAAGACAAAAGCACGCAAAGAUAAAGAUGCACGUUAUAAUGAUAUGGCAGAUGAAUUUCAAAAUUUAGCUGUUGAAAUUCUUGAAAAAUUCUAUCGAACAAAUCCAUUUACAUGUACUAAAGCCAUUAUUAGAGAAAUAGCAGAAUUUGGUAAUAUGACUUGGUUACAUUUGGCUGUUAUGGCUGAAGCUAAACAAUUUAUUGCACAACGAGCUGUACAAAAUGUACUUAGUGAUAUUUGGUAUGGAUAUAUUGAUCAUACAGUUGGAAAUCGAAUGAUUAUUUUUUCGACUAUUAUGCUUUGGUAUAGUGGAUUUCUUCCCUAUCAUCAUGAAUUAGUUGAAAGAUCUGAAUCAAUUCCAAAUCAUGAUGAUUAUUCUCAUAGUACAAGUUUUAUUCAAUGUGAUGCAUCUAGUACAAAAUAUCUUAUUAAUAAAGCAUUGUAUACCAAACGUUCAACAUUAACACAGAAUGAAGACAACGAUAUCCUUCAUGUCAUUGAUGGCAAUCAUUGGCAACGAAGAAAAAUUACUAUCCGUCAAUAUUUUCGAAAUAUUUUAAUGUUCGUACAUGCUCCGUAUGUUAAAUAUCUAUAUUAUUUGUAUUCUCAUGUGGCUUUUCUUCUACUUUUUUCUUAUGUGAUUUUAUGCGAUUUUUUUCCUCUAUACGACUUUCGAUCAAAUAAAUGUCUAUCAGGUAGUGAGGAAAAUACUUAUCCAGAUAUAAAUGAUGCUCCUGUUGGUGCACAGCUAUUGUCAGAUUUUACUACCACAAUUAGCAGUAAAACUGUCAAUGCGACAAUUGAAUAUGGACUUCAGCGUUACAAUCGACCAGCAGCAAGUGAAAUUCUACUUACUAUUUGGAUGUUUACGUUGUUUUGUGAAGAAAUUCGUCAACUUAUGUCAACAGAAUUACAAUCAAUGUAUGGAAAAAUUGUUACAUAUUUCUCAGUUUUUUGGAAUAAACUAGAUGCAUUAGGAAUUACUCUUUAUUUUAUCGCUUUUAUUCUUCGAUUUUGGCCAACAAAUCAAUGUUUUUGUGCUGCACGUAUUAUUCUUGCAGUUGAUUUAUCAUUAUGGUACAUUCGUAUACUCGAUAUAUUUGCUGCUGUUAAACGACUUGGUCCUAAACUCGUUAUGAUUGGUGAAAUGGUACAUGAUUUAACAUUUUUUAUGUUAAUUCUAACUGUAUUCAUUUUGGCAUUUGGCGUUCCUACAUAUAGUCUUUUAUUUGGUGUUCAACAGUUUAGUUGGCAUCUUCCACGUGCGAUAUUAAAUCUUGCUUAUUGGCAAAUAUUUGGCGAAUUAGAAGUACUUGAUGAAAUUGAAAGAAAUUAUGAAAUCAGUGGUUAUGUUAUGUUUGUUCUAUUAGUUGCCUAUAUGACUGUUGCAAGUGUUCUGCUUAUUAAUCUUCUUAUAGCUAUGAUCAGUAACACAUUUGAUCGUCUACAUAUGGAUACUGAUUGUAUUUGGAAAUUUCAACAUUAUUAUUUGGUAUGUCAUCAUUUAACACGUCCAUCUCUUCCCCCACCAUUCAUUGUUUUCUUACAUAUCUGGCGUGCAACACUCUAUUUUUUUUCACAUAUUAUUAAAUUACCUUGGUUUACUAAUCAAUAUAUUCAACAUAAAAAUCGAGCAAAAUUUAAAAUUGUUGUCGAUGAAAAAUUAAGAAGUAAUAUUGAAUCAAUUGAGGAUAUACUCGGUAAUGAAGUUUGUUAUUUUUAUUUGAAAACGAAUCGUAAAUUACUUGAUCGUCAAAGUGAUUUUCAAGCAGAACGAGUACAUUCACCACAAGAAAUGGUAUUGAACAAGAUGAAGAUAUUGGAAAAUCAAGUUCAAACAAUCACAACUCAACAAAAUAACAUGUUCGAAUACUUGGAAUGUCUCAUGAAUGGAUUAAAAAAGAUCGGUGGAGAUGAUAUUGAAAUGCCUAAACGACAUCAAUUUGAUUCAGAAUGA